GACGAUUGUUUGAUGUGGUUGUGAAACGCCUAUUCUGGCUGAUGCUCGGCGCAUACGAAUCCAUUCUCUCCUGCCAAUGCUUGGUAGAGGCUUGGUACUUGGCGAUGCUCCUGGCUGUUAAGAGGAAUGGCGACGCGGUUUGUCACUCGCUCUCAACACCUUUUGCCUCUUCUCAGUAUUCUUGUUGUAUUGCCUUCACACACACUCGUUUCUUCUAACUGUCAGCUUUCUUUCUAACCCCCGUACCUUCGCUCCUCGAACCCCACGAAUUUGAACGAACUCCCGCAAAAACCGACACGAUGAAGGCCGUCCUCAGCGCCGGCGCGCUGGCCUUCGCCUCCCUCGCUUCCGCAAAGGUUCUCCCACGCCAGAGCCAGGGAAACCUCCCACCGAUCGUCUCUGAAGGCAAUGCAUUCUGGACAGAGAGCGGAGAGCGCUUCUACAUUCGCGGUGUCGCCUACCAACCCGGUGGUGCGGCUGACGCUCAAGAUCCUCUGUUGAAUCUGGAGCAAUUCCGCGAGGAUGUCGAGGCCUUCAAAGAUUUGGGAAUCAACACCAUUCGUAUUUACACAGUCGACAACACCGGCGACCACGACGAGGCCAUGAAGCUGUUGGACGAUGCUGGCAUCUACCUUGCGCUCGAUGUCAACACUCCAAAGGCUUCGCUCAACAGAGAGAACAUCGACUCGCUGCACGCCUCGUACAACGAUGUCUACCUUCAAUCUGUCUUCGCUACCAUUGACACUUUCUCCAAGUACAACAACCUCCUCGCUUUCUUCUCCGCAAACGAGGUCAUCAACGCCCGCAACAACACCAACUCUGCCCCAUACAUCAAGGCUGUUACCCGUGACAUGCGCAACUACAUCCGCGCAAACUCUCCUCGCCCAAUCCCAGUCGGCUACUCCUCCGCUGAUGUUGCCGAGAACAUUGAGUCUCAAGCUCUCUACUUCGCUUGCGGUGAGGACGAGAUCGCCCGCUCUGACUUCUUCGCCUUCAACGACUACUCUUGGUGCGACCCAUCUGACUUCCGCAAGUCUGGCUGGGACGCCAAGGUCAAGACCUACAGCAACUACUCUCUGCCUCUCUUCCUCUCUGAAUUUGGUUGCAUCACCAACCGCCGUGACUGGAACGAGAUCGCCGCCCUCUACAGCGACGACAUGACUGCUGUCUACUCUGGUGGUCUUGCUUACGAGUACACCCUCGAGGCUAACGGAUACGGUCUCGUCGAGAUGGGUGAGGACGGAAAGGCCACUCCAAACGGUGACUUCGACCGCCUGAAGGAGGCCUACGAGAAGACCCCAGCUCCAUCUGGCGAUGGUGGUGCUCGCCGUGGCGACCGCACUGUCCCAGAGUGCCCAGCCGAGUCUGAGGAGUGGCAAGUCUCGACCACUCUCCUUCCAGAGAUGCCAAAGGGUGCUGAGAAGUACCUGAAGGAUGGCGCUGGUACUCCACCUGGACUUGAGGCCGAGACCCAGUGGGCCGGUACUCCUUCUGAGACUGACCCUGACCUUUCCAACGGCGUCUCCACCACCCAGGCUGAGGGUACCAACUACUCUGGCGGCAACAGCCCCAGCAGCUCUGGUGGCGAUGACUCAAGCGCCGCGGCUUCCACCGCCAACCCAAUCGUCUUCAUGACCGUUGUCGUUGCCGCUGUCGCUAUCGCCAUUGGCAUGUAAAGAGCUCCCAUCUAGUGUAAUCUAGCUAUGCUCUGAAAAAUGAGAGAAUUCUAUUGUUGGCGACACGAUUUGAUGGCCCCCCUUGUUUGGGCAAGCUGUUUACAGAACGACAGCAUGAAAAUACACAGCAGAAGAAAGGAAGCAAGUCGCCGAGUCCUCAACCAGAGGCCUCGCGUGAUAUGACGACUAUGCUGUCACGUUCGCGGAACGUUGUACAGUAUCUUGCUUCCGAACAUUACUUGCAUGGCGCGGUGUUGACACUUUUGUUUCCUGAUGCGAUUGUGACCUUCACCUCCGCUAGAUCUGGAUGACUUUAUCUCAAAUAUUAAAUGUCUGAUUGAACAAACUUAAUUACUUUCCGUCGUCCCUCGUCCUGUUGAUAUUUGCUUUCACUUCUCGAUACGCUUUUCCUUCGAGAUUAUGCCACUGC